AAAGUGUUGUUACGCGGACGUGUCUUGUAACAAGCGAUAUUGUUAGUUAAGUUUUAUUAUCUUAUCUCGUAGAGUAGAUCAGUAGGUAUUCGUGUUUUUCAACCGUAUUUAUCAUUAUUUAAUUUGUGUGUUUUGUGCAACUUAGUGCAGUGUACGUUUACAUCGUUGUGAUUUUUUUUUAUUACAUUUGUGACAGUUAUACAGUGAAUAAUGAAUUUAUCGUUCGCUGGGUGCGGGUUUCUUGGCAUUUAUCAUGUCGGCGUAGCAGUGUGUUUUAAGAAAUAUGCACCACACUUGCUUUUGGGUAAAAUAUCUGGCGCCUCGUUUGGUGCUCUGUCAGCCUGCUGUUUACUAUGUGAUGUGCCUAUAGGUGAAAUAACCAGUGAUGUCCUCCGAGUGGUCGGAGAGGCCCGGGCAGGGUCCCUCGGCCCCUUCAGCCCGUCCUUCAACAUCCAGAACGUGCUUCUGGAAGGCAUGGACAAGUACCUGCCGCACGACGUUCACAAGAUCGUCAGCGGCAAGCUCCAUAUAUCACUCACGAGAGUGUAUGAUGGGAAGAACGUCAUCGUCUCAGAGUUUCCAACGCGGCAGGAUUUAAUGCAGGCAUUACUAGCGUCGUGUUUCGUGCCAGUGUUCAGUGGUAUGCUGCCACCGCGCUUCCACGGCAUCCGAUAUAUGGAUGGCGGCUUCAGCGACAAUCUGCCCGUCCUUAACGAGAACACCAUCACAGUCAGCCCGUUUUGCGGAGAGAGCGACAUCUGCCCGAGGGAUCUUAGCUCGCAGUUGUUCCAUGUCAGUAUAGCCAACACAAGCAUAGAGCUAUCAAAGCAGAACAUUAACAGAUUCGCCCGCAUCCUCUUCCCGCCGAAGCCCGAGGUGCUGAGCAACAUGUGCAAGCAGGGCUUCGACGAUGCCCUCAGAUUUCUGCACAGGAACAACAUGAUCUCCUGCACGAGGUGCCUGGCGGUGCAGUCCACCUUCCAACUGCAGGAGGUCUUGGACGAUACUGUCUACGAUUAUGACCCGGAUUGUGAGGAGUGCAAGACACAUAGACAGGACGCACUAGUGGACGACCUACCCGAUACAGUGAUGUCGAUAUUCCAAAACGCCAUAGACUCGGCGAACCACGGCAUCGUGAACUGGGUGAUGCGGCAGCGCGCCGUGCGCUACCUGAGCAUCAUGACUCUGCCGUACCGUGUGCCCAUUGACAUCAUGUACGCUACUCUCACCAAAUUUGUAGCGUGCACCCCGAAGAUGUCGCGGUCGCUGUGGAAGCUCAGCCUGAACCUCGUCCAGCAGUUGCACGGGUUCCUGUACUCCGCGCACGACCGGUCCGAGGCUGCCGCGCAGAUCUACUACAUGCUCACCAUGGACGCGAAGAAGGAAGUCGCGGAUGCACGCCAGGUGGACAGAAGAAGAGCGAGCGAGAUGCGCAUAUCGUACGGAGACGUGCUCGCGGACGACACGUUCGAACACAUCCUCAAUGUGACGUCACACAACGACGCACUCCUGGCUUAUUACUACCUCGACAGCGACAAUAAGAUGAAAAUGACAGAGAUAUACGACGUGACGGACGCGGACACGGACGCGGUGCAGUCGCCGACCGAGCGCGUCGUCAACGAGCAACUAGAGUUCGACAACGACUGGUCGCGCGACAUGAUCGCAGACACCGACUCGCUCGACGUGGACGGCCUCGACAUCGACGAGGAGUCGCUCGGCGACCGCAACCUGUUCUCGGACCCUGAGAGCGAGUGGCGCCGACACUCGCUCGCCAGCUCCGAGAGCGACGCCGAGCAGCCCGAGAGCGACCGCCGCCAUCUCUACGAGACUUGCUAGACGGGCCGACCUAGCACCGACCGUGGCAUUUGCAGUUGUGGUUAUGUCAUCAUAAAUAUCAAAUUAACUUUUACGAUGAUACGUCCACACUUGGUUCUGUCAAAGUCAGCUUGUAUCGACUUUCCCCCCUAUUCAUAAACGUUUACUAAAGUAGUAGUAAACACUUUAUUGCACAAAACAAGUACAUAACAUAAAGUUGACAAGCCGAUAAUAAUCGUUUGUCCCUUUCCAUCAUACCAGUACGUCGUAAAGGGACACGCGCUUAUUAUCUUCUUGACAACUUUAGUCAAUGUUUAUGAAUAAGGGGGUUAAACACUAGUCAUGUAGUCGAGCCUCUCAACCGCACUACGCGAGUUGUAGUCCUUCAACAGCGCCUAGAAAUGCAGCGCGAAACAACGACAUUCUAGAGAAAAAAAAGAAUCAUUUCAGAGAAUUAAGAAAUUCAUAGCAUCGGCAUUCAAAUUUCAACACUCGUGUCUUUUCUAUGAAGAUUAAAGUAUAUUUAUGUUAUAAGUAUGUUUCUAAUAACUUCCAUCUAAAUGAUACAAAUUUAAUUUAUGUAAGUAUGUACAACCAAAUAAAGAUCUAUCUAUCUACACAUUGCAUGCAACUUGAACUUCUGAUAUUAUUUAAUCAUUGAUUUAAGGCUGAUUGCAGAUGAGCUGUUAAUGUUUGUAAUACAUAAAUUGUAAAACAUCAAUGAUAAUAUGAACUACUACAGAAUAAAUAUAUGUAAAGUCAUAGAUCCCACAUGUUGGAAACUGACAAAAUGUUGUCACUUUGACAUUUGUAUCCCUAAAAAGAAGUCGAAACUGAUCUAGAUUAAAUGCUUAGGUAAUAGGGGAUAUUACUGCAAUGUUCUGCCGCCAGAGUGUAUCACUACCGACUCAGUAAAUUCAUAGACUAACUUAACAGUGUGUAUAACACAUUGUGCCUUAAACUGUUUUUUGACAAGUUUUCACAGACAAUAAAAUAUGACAUUGAUGCAUCAAGGCGGUUUGUUAACAAGGGCCUACCGGUAAGCGCGAAAAUCGAAAUUUAGUUAUCUGCCUCUUUAUCGCUUGAAUAUGCAAGAGUGAUAGAGAGAUCAGAUAACGAAAUUUCGAUUUUCUUGUUUCGCGGUAGGCCAUGUGAUGGACGUGACGUGUGAUGUGUCAAUGUGGUUUGUUUACUGUAUGUGCCACAAAGGUGGUACACAGAGCUUUGCCUAAUAUUCUCUAUUAUAUGAAAAUUUAAAAGUAACACCAUCAUUUUCCAGUUUUUAUAUGUAAUAUUACAAUAUUUAGUAACAAGUUACCUUAGAAUCAAAGCGAAAACGUGAUAAAAUAAAUAUAAAUGUUGAUUCGUUUUAGUUUAGGAAUUUGUUACCUAGGUUUCAAAUCCAACUGACGAUAUAAGAAGUAUGUUUUUACCAAUCGCGUAAGCUAUAGGUAUUCUAAUAUUAUUAGGUGAUGGUAAUAUAAAUAUACUAUACCAAGUCCAUGUCAGCAAGCUAUGUAUUAUGGAAACUAAAGACUUUCCAAAAAGUAACCCACACCAACCCUUUAUUUCAUCAUGGUACGACACUAGUUAGACGAAUACCAUCUCUAUAAACAUUAUGAAAUUGUAAGAAAGUACCUGAAAUACAAAAUAAUAAACAGUCAAAAUUAAAAAAAAGUUGGUUACGUAACAGCACAUCGAAAGAAAAUAGUAUUCCGGGAUAGUGUGUAAAACGAGUUUAAAGACUAAGUUUACCAGUUACCAGUUAAUGCUUGUAACAUAUCGUUCUUUUUUCACAUCACAUAAAUUAAUUACUAUUAACUUGGCUCUCUACUUUGAAACUGUUAAUGAAUUGAAUGAAUUUAACGGCCAUGACAUGAAAUACCCUGCCUGUUAGGCUCCGUAGCCAUCCUAUAUAUUAUGUAUUAUGAUCAAGACGGACGGACAGUCUGGCUUAGUCCUAAAUAGAAAUGCGGUCACAGUCCUACGUGGCAAGAUAAAAUGUUUAUUUUUCAAGGAAGGACAACGACGCAGUAAAAAAUUUAAGAUAUUUUAUAAUCGUAAAACAGUUUACUCGCAUUAAAGCUUACAUAUAGUUGUAUCCAUCCUCCUAAGGUCCAGCCAUACAAAUGGAAAACCCAUAAUUUUGAAAUUUGAACCUUUAGUGCAGAGAAUAAAGUUGAUUUUGGUUUUGUUUGAAAAUUGAACGAAACAAAACAAAUGCGACUCUGUUCCAAUUGAAUAUGAUUUCAAUUUCAUCGAAGGGCCUUAGGAGGUUAUGAUAGCCAGCUUGUGGCCAAGAACUGUAUUCAAGUGAGAUCCAUACUUCAGCCAGGUUUUAAAAAUGUUGCAUUACUACUUAGGGGUCGUGCACAAAUCACGCGAGGUUCGAUGGGGGGAGGGGGGGUCAUGCAAAACUCACGAUAGAUCACGUUGGGGGAGGGGGGUAUAAGGAAACCUCACGUGUAUUUUUCUACAGUAAACAAAACUAAGAAAAAAAAACCAACCACAUGAGUAAAUACCUUUUCUCGGUUUCGUUAAACAUAAAUCUUCACUCUGCACUUCAAAAUAGCGAAUGUAUUUAACGAAAAUAGACAAUAUUUUCUAAAUACAACACUAUUUAUCUUAAAAUUAGGUCGAAUGAAAUAAAAUCAAAUAAAUACACGUGAGGUUGCAUGGGGGGAGGGGGUAGCCAAAAACCUCACCAAAUAUCACCAAGGGGGAGGGGGGGUCAAAAAGUAGCCAAAAAUACCUCGUGUGAUUGGUGCACAACCCCUUAUAGUGGUGAUAUUCCUAUCCUCUCACAUGAUUGAUAUUUUUCAGUGACCUCUAUUAUGUGAAAAUAAGGGUGACACCUUGCUGCAAAAAAAAUAACUUAUAAGUAACAAAAAAAAAAUGUUUUCACAUGAGGGGUAUCCGACUUUAGUCCUGUACGUUUCGCGGGUCACAUUAUUUUUUAUUGUCCAUAGUUAACAGAACAGAAGGCAGUUGGAAUUAUUUUGAACAUUCUAGGUACCAAUUAAAAUAUGAAAUGUCAUUUUUAUUCACUGUGAUAACACUGACAAAAUUAAAAGUAUAUACACAAUUUCUCUUUUGACAAUAAAAUCGCUUGUGUAUAUUGUAAUUAAAUUUACCUGCUGACUAUACCUGGCGUUCAAAAGUGUAUGAAGAUGUUUCAACCGUAAUAUUAUGGCAUUACGGUCGACAUCUAUCCAUGCACUUUUGAACGCCACUGUACCUAGCUACCAAUGAUUAAUUGUUAAUAUACCCCGCUGAGGCGGUAACUUAAGUAUUGUUGGUUAUUUAUUAAGUAUUUAGUGGUUCUUAGUUUUUAAUUAGUCAUAUCUUAAAUAAAUGUCACAAAUUAUGUUUUAAUAAAAAAGUAAAGAAAUUA